CAUGGGUUUCAGAGGAAUGCUCUUCAAGCAGUAUCUCCUGCCACCAUGGAAGUCUUGAUGCGUGUUUUAGCAGACUGUGACAACUGGGAUGACAGGAACCCUGAGGAAGUGAGCAGGAAGGCAGAGCUGACUCUCAAGUGCCUGACAGAAGUUGUCCAUAUCCUUCUAACCAGCAGUUCUGACCAGCGACAAGUGGAGACCAGCACAAUCCUGGAGAACUAUUUCAAGUUGCUCAAUUCAGACCAUUCAGCUUUGCCUAAUCCAAGGCGGUGCAGGCAGUGGGAGAGCAGGUUCAUAGCCCUGCAGAUCCAGAUGCUGAAUACCAUCACAGCCAUGUUAGACUGCACAGACAGGCCUGUUCUGCAGGCAAUUUUCCUGAACAGUAACUGCUUUGAGCACCUCAUUCGACUGUUGCAGAACUGCAAGCUAUUUUUAAAUGCUAACAAUAAAGUGGCAGACAAGAGUGAGAAAGACCUUGCCAACAAAUUACUGACAGAAAUGAAUGAGGACCAGGUGUUCCAGGGCCACCUAGACAGCCUGGCAGUAUCAACCAUUCAAGCCCUCACAGCAGUCAUGCACAAGUCUCCAGCUGCUAAGGAGGUCUUCAAGGAGAGGAUUGGCUAUGCACACAUGCAUGAGGUACUCAAAUCACUGGGUCAGCCCUCACGGGAGCUGCUGGAAGAACUCAUGAACAUGGCUGUUGAAGGGGACCACAUGGCUGUUGGGAUACUAGGCAUUAGCAAUGUCCAGCCCUUGUUGCUGCUUAUCCAGUGGCUUCCAGAACUAGAAUCACACGAGCUGCAGAUUUUCAUCUCCAACUGGCUGAAGCGAAUCUGCUGCAUUAACAGCCAGAGUCGUGCCACGUGUGUCAAUGCCAACAUGGUCAUCUGCAUCAUUGAGGCACUAAACUCCCACUCUGCUCUCCACUGCUCUUGUGCAGAGAACCUCAUUGCCCUCCUGGGCUCUUUGGGGAGCCAGUCCAUGGGCUCAGAAGAACUCCUUCAACUCCUACGGCUCCUGAGGACCGAGGAGCCAAACCAAGCUCACCCUUAUGUUGUUCCAGUGAUGAGAGCUAUUCUGGCAAUGGCCAGGAAGCAGGGCAUGGCUAGUGCCUUGCAGUACUUCAACUUGUCCCACAGCAUGGCUGGAAUUGCUGUUCCAUCAAUUCAUAAGUGGCCAGGCUCUGCAUUUUCUUUCAAUGCUUGGCUCUGCCUUGACCAGGACCAGGUGGAUCCUAGCACGACCAGCAAAAGUGGCAAGAGGAAGCAACUCUAUAGCUUUUUUACAGGCAGUGGCAUGGGUUUUGAGGCAUUUAUCACAUACUCUGGGGUGCUGGUGGUUGCAGUUUGCACAAAGAGAGAAUAUGCAACAGUGAUGCUUCCUGACCAUUGCUUCUUUGACUCUCUCUGGCACAACAUAACUAUUGUUCACAUGCCUGGGAAGAGGCCCUUUGGUCAGAGCCUUGUGUACAUCUAUGUCAAUGGGCAGCAGAAGGUCUCUGCCCCUCUUCGAUUCCCUGCCAUGAAUGAAUCUUUUACUUCUUGCUGCAUUGGUUCAGCUGGGCAGAGAACAACAACUCCUCCUCCAUCUCAGAUACCAGAUCCUCCCUUCUCCUCCCCCAUCCUGCCACAUAGGACAUCCCUUGGGGGGAUUCUCUCUACAGGAGGCUGGGGAGGGAUGCUUGGAAAACCAGAGCUCAUCACCAAGAUGAUCUCAGCAGGGACUCAGGACAGUGAGUGGGGAUGCCCAACAUCUUUGGAGGGCCAGCUUGGAUCAGUUAUCAUCUUUCAUGAAGCACUGCAGCCUCCUCAGGUGAAAGCAUUGUAUUUAGCAGGUCCAAACUGUUUAACUCCAUGGAAGUCUCAAGAGGCUGAAGUAGCAGAUCUCCCCAGUAAAGUGCUGCUUCAUUAUACACCAAAGGCCUGCAGAAACCCAAUCUGUCUGGACCUGUCUGCAAAUCUCCUACAUGGAAGACUAACUGGAAACAAAGUGGUAAACUGGGACAUCAAGGAUAUGAUCAACUGUAUUGGUGGAGUAAAUGUGCUGUUUCCAUUGCUGGAGCAGAUCUGUUUUCUUGGUGAACAGAUGUCUGAGAAGUCUGAAGGAGAAACUCUACCUCCAGAACUAGUUACUCCUGUGGAGGGAGAUUGGGUGGUGUUGUCAUCUACAAAGGCAUCAGAAGCACGCCUGGAGAAGAACAUUGUUGCAACUUUCAUCUUGAUGAUAAAACACUUCAUACAGAGACACCACGUGAAUCAAGAAAAUCUCAUUCACUCCCAUGGAGUUGCCACCCUAGGAGCCUUGUUACAGAAGGUGCCAAGCAGCUUAAUGGAUGUGAAUGUACUGAUGGCUGUGCAGUUGUUGAUAGAACAAGUCUCAGUGGAAAAAAACAUGCAGCUUUUGCAACAGAUGUAUCAACACUUACUUUUUGACUUCAGUAUCUGGAACAGUGGGGACUUCCCCUUCAGAAUUGGGCAUAUACAAUAUCUUUCUACAAUCAUCAAAGACAGCAGAAGACUCUUCAGGAAGAAAUAUGGUGUGCAGUUUCUUCUAGACACACUCAGGAUUUAUUAUGGUGGCUGCAGAGACAGUGACUUGGCUCCUGAUGACCUGAGGACGAUACGGACAUCACUCUAUGGGCUGAUCAAGUAUUUCCUCAGCAAAGGUGGAACACAUGAAGAAAUACAGAGCAUUGUUGGGUACAUAGCUGCCACCACUGAAGAGGAGCAGCUCUGUGGAAUUCUGGAUGUUCUCUUCAGCCUACUUCAUUCCAGCCCCACCCCCGACCAGCUAUUUCUGUUGCUUUUUGAACCAGGGAAUGCUGACAUUCUUUAUGCUCUGUUAUUGCAUCAGAGAUACUCUGACAGGCUGAGAGAACUCGUGUUCAAGGUAAUGGAUUGUAUUAUUUGUUGGUCAGUUCAUCAGUUGGACAGAAUUUGUGUUUUUCAAUGGUCUCACUGCAGAA